UGAUUUCUUGCCAUGUUGAACGAAGUAGAGACAAGUACAACCAACGGUCAGCCUGACCAACAGGCUGCACCAAAAGCCCCAUUGAAGAAGAAAAAGAAGAAAGGCUCUGAAAAGACAGAUGAGUAUCUUUUGGCCAGGUUUAAAGGUGAUGGUGUGAAAUACAAAGCCAAGCUAAUUGGCAUUGAUGAUGUGCCAGAUGCAAGAGAGGAUAAAAUGAGCCAAGAUUCUAUGAUGAAACUAAAGGGAAUGGCGGCAGCUGCUCGGUCUCAAGGACAACACAAACAAAAGCUCUGGGUCAACAUUUCGCUAUCUGGGAUAAAAUUAAUUGAUGAGAAAACUGGGGUAAUAGAAUAUGAACAUCCAGUGAAUAAAAUUUCUUUCAUUGCUUGUGAUGUGACAAACAACCGGGCAUUCAGUUAUGUAUAUGGAAGAGAAGGCCAACACCAGUUUUUUGCCAUAAAAACAGGGCAGCAGGUCAAGCCAUUGGUCAUUGAUCUUAAAGAUCUUUUUCAAGUUAUCUACAAUGUAAAGAAAAAAGAAGAAGAAAAGAAAAAGACUGAAGAAGCCAACAAAGCAGUAGGGAAUGGGAGUGAGAACCUCUUGACUCUUGAUGACCAAACUACCAAAUUGAAAUUGGGUAUUGACCAGAUGGAUUUGUUUGGGGACAUGUCUACACCUCCUGACCUAAAUAGUCCAACAUCUUCAGUCAAUGACUUGCUCCCAUCAGACCUUUUUGCUCCUCCCAUCUCAGAAUCUCCAGGCCAGAUGUCACCUACAGGACAACCUGCAACCCAACAGACCAACCCUCUGUAUCUCUUCAAAAUAAGUGUUUCUGUCCCACUAGGGCCCCUAAUGGGUCUAGGUGGUGUACCAGUUACACCCCCUCAGGCAGGACCAUGGAACCCCCCACCAUCCUUAGUCUUCAGUCAGUCCCCUUCAAUGGUCCCUUUAGGAUUUGGUCAGUUGCUUAUUUUUGGCACAAGACCAGCUGUUCCAGGUUGGAACCAGCCUUCAUCCUUUGCAGCCUCAACUUCCCCUCCAGCCCCUGCUGUUUGGGGCCGUUUAGCAUCUGUGGCAGCUAACGCUUGGCCCUCAACAACCUCCUUAGGGAAUCCUUUUCAGAGCAAUAUCUUUCCAGCUCCUGUGCCAGCCCAAUCCUCUUUUAUGCUCCCUUCUCCUCUGGUCGCUCCUCCUCAGCCAUCUCCCAGAACUGCUGCUGCCCAGGACAUCUCCAAAGAUGCCUUCACUGCCUUAGACCCACUAGGGGAUAAAGACAUUAAGGGAGUAAAAGAAAUGUUUAAGGACUUACAACUGCGGCAGCCUCCUGUACCUGCAAGGAAGGGAGAGCAGACUUUCUCUGGGACUUCCAGUGCUUUCUCCAGUUAUUUUCACAGCAAAGUUGGCAUUCCUAAAGAUAAUGCAGACCAUGAUGACUUUGAUGCUAAUCAGUUGUUGAGCAAAAUCAAUGAACCACCAAAGCCAGCUCCAAGACAAGGUGCCCUGCCAGUUACCAAAUCUGCUGACAAUGCAUUUGAGAACCCUUUCUCUAAAGGUUCUUUCAGUUCUUCACCACAAAUCCCUGUGUCUCCUCAACCCGCAGCUCCUAAUGUAUAUAGGGAUCCUUUUGGAAAUCCAUUUGUAUAACUUCUGAACUUGGUAUCCUGACGAUCCAGAGGAACAAAAAGGUUGGCUUUUUUAGCAGUCAAGGACAACGCUGAUAGCCAGAUGCGUCCUGACCCUUGUUCCAGCUUUGACAUAUUAUCUGUUACCUUAUUUCUUGCUGCCUCUUGGACCUGUAAAAUGCCUUUCACUUCCUGUCUAGGUUAAAGCUAAACUGAGUCUAUGGCUUUAAAUAAAUUCAGAAGCUAAACUCUCUAGCUUAAAUGUAAAUGCAGUAGUUUCCAUACUUGACCUCUUGCCUAUUAUGUCCCUAGAACCUUCUAGAACACUCUACUCUGUACCCUCUGAUUGGGAGAUGCAGCCACUACAAACCCCUCAGAUCAUACUGUUUUGAAUAAAUUUUCAAAUCUUUA